GUACAAGUGACAGCGCGCUGUCAAGGAGGCAACAACGCUGGACACACGGUCGUUGCAAAUGGAAAGAAAUAUGACUUUCAUAUUUUGCCUAGCUUUAACAUAAUAGGAAAUGGAGUUGUCGUGAACCUGGAUGCUUUCUUCUCUGAGCUGGAUCAUAAUGGCGUGACAGAUGAGCCAGGAUGGGAAAAGAGGAUCAUGAUAUCGGCUGAAGCUCAUCUCGUGUUUGGAGUCCACGCACAGGUUGAUGGUCGUCAUGAGGCGAGCCUGUCUCAAAUAAACAAAAUCGGUACAACGAAUCGUGGUAUAGGUCCAACAUAUUCUUCGAAAUGUUUCCGUAAUGGCAUACGAGUUGCGGACCUUUUGGGUGAUUUUGAAGCAUUUUCAGAGAGCUACUGCCGGCUUGUGGAUCAUUAUCGAAAACAGUUUCCCACGAUCGAUAUAGAUACGGAGGCAGAACUGGCACGAUUCAAGGAGCAUCGUGAGAAGCUGAUCUCAUUGAACUUGGUUGGCGACACUGUUGGAUUUAUUCAUAAUAUGCGGAACAAAGGCCGCUCAAUCUUGAUUGAAGGUGCCAACGGUGCUCUCUUGGAUAUUGAUUUCGUAUGUAAAUCAUAUCAACAUCGAGUAGUAACUGGUCCUUUCCGCGGACGGAAUUGCAAAGACGAAACUGGAGAUCUUCUGCAAUGUGGAUGGCUCGAUUUGUUUUUGUUACGCCGCAGCGCUCAGAUCAACGGCUACACAGCGAUCGCUCUGACCAAGCUGGACAUUUUGGACACAUUUAAGGAAAUAAAAGCCGCCGUCGGGUAUCGUCUCGAUGGCGAACCUCUCAGUGCUCCUCCUGCUCAAGCAGCCGCCUGGGAUCGCGUUGAAGUUGAAUACAAAGUGUUCCCUGGAUGGGAAUCGCCGACAGUUGGCGUACGAACAUGGGAAGACCUUCCAGAGAAAUGUCGCGAAUACGUGCUCUUCAUCGAAAGCUUUAUUCAGGUAAAGAUC